AUGGGAUGGGUCAGGUCAGCCCCCCAUUCCCCAAUUGACAUCCCCAUGGCCUUCUCCCUCUCAGCUAAAACCUCACUCCCUCUUAACAUCCUUCCCAUGACCUCCCCAUGCCCUCCCCGUGCUCGCACCCCUGCCUUGCUCCCCCCUUGCCUUUUGGUGCCGCCCGCUAUCAGGUUUGAUCUGCGCAUAUCUGAGUUUGCCGCCCGCAAGUUCCAGCGGGACGGCAUCACUGUUCACACGCACGCGCGCGUCACGGCUGUCACUCCGCGCGCUCUCCAUGUGCGGGAGACGAGCAGCAGCAGGGAGAGCGGCAGCAGCGAUGGCAGCAAGAGUGGAGUGCACGGCCGCAGCAGUGCGGAGAGCAGUAGUGGUGGAAAGAGCAGCGGGGAGAGGGAGGUGCCGUAUGGAGUGGUGGUGUGGGCAACAGGCAUCACGGCGCAUCCCCUGGUUGUGAAGCUGAGGGAGCAACUUGGGCAGCACCACAAGCGAGCAUUGGAGGUGGACGAGUGGAUGGCACACCACAAGCGAGCAUUGGAGGUGGACGAGUGGAUGGCAGUGAGGGGCGCAGAGGCGGGCAGCAUGUGGGCGCUGGGCGACUGUGCUGCCAUUCACCACCGCCCCUUCACGACUGUGCUGCCAUUCACCACCGCCCCUUCACGACUGUGCUGCCAUUCACCACCGCCCCUUCACGACUGUGCUGCCAUUCACCACCGCCCCUUCACGACUGUGCUGCCAUUCACCACCGCCCCUUCACGACUGUGCUGCCAUUCACCACCGCCCCUUCACGACUGUGCUGCCAUUCACCACCGCCCCUUCACGACUGUGCUGCCAUUCACCACCGCCCCUUCACGACUGUGCUGCCAUUCACCACCGCCCCUUCACGACUGUGCUGCCAUUCACCACCGCCCCUUCACGACUGUGCUGCCAUUCACCACCGCCCCUUCACUCUCAUCUCUUUCCCUUGUCUCCGACAGUUAUUGCCGUCCCUUUCCUUGCACUCUCUCCUCCCCUCUUUCUCCCCCCUCCCCUCUUUCUCCCCGCUCCCCCCCCCCCCCCCCCCCUUUCUCCCCCCUCCCCCAUCCGCCCCUUCAUGUCCCCUCACGUCGCGCCUCCGUUUUCCCGCCUCUUUCCCCCACCGCUACGCCCCGUCCAACCCCUCGCAUGAUCAUUGUGCGUGCAGGACGAGGCAGCUCGCAUAUUCCUUACUCUCGCCUUCUUCCCUGUCCUUCCAUGCCCCGCCCCGUCUCCCAUGUCACCACUCUGCUCCUCUCACUGUGCGGCCAGGACGACACAGCGCGCAUAUUUCGAGCCUUUGACACCAACGGGGAUGGCUGCCUCUCGCCCUCCGAGACCAAGGCAGCCCUGCGAGCCCUCCAGCAGCGCUACCCGCAUGCUGCCGCUCUGCUCAGGUCACGGGACCGCAUGGCACAGCUCGUUCAGGUACACCCCUGUCCCUUUUCCUGCUGCCACCCAGUCUCUGAGUCCAAGACGACUCCCGGCGCAUUGGCAGGAUGCAUUGCACGCGGACAGCAAGGCAGGAGCACCGCCAGGCACAGGGGAGCACCGCCAGGCACAGGGGAGCUGGGAAAUGAGGGGGGCGAGCAGCAGGCGUGCGAGGGCAGGGAGCUGUCUCUGGAGCAGUUUGAGGCGGUGCUGCGGCGGGUGGAGGGGCAGAUGAAGACCCUGCCGGCCACGGCACAGGUGGCAGCGCAGCAGGGGCAGUACGUGGCGCGCUGCUUUAAUCGCCUGCUGGACCCGGGGUUGACCCCGGAGGGGCCGCUGAAGCUGCGAGGGGAGGGCCGGCAUCUGCUGCAGCCAUUCCGCUACGUCCAUUUGGGGCAGUUCGCCCCGCUUGGGUCGGAGACCAUGGCAGCAGAGCUGCCUGGCGACUGGGUCAGCAUCGGCCGGUCCACUCAGUGGCUCUGGUACUCCGUGUAUGCCAG